AUCAUUCCACGUAAUACCCAUAUAUCGUAUACCCCGACUACAUGUACCCUAUAUUGAUAUAAUGUCUACUUAAUUUUAACCGGCUCUUUGAGUCGAACACUCAUAAUGGGACUGUUUUGGGCCAUUAGUGCUCUGGCCCUUGGUAUCAAUAUUCCCGCAGGAUUCUACAAUGAAUCGAGGUUUGGUAUCGGUGUAACGUAUACUGAUGCCGUUGCUAUACGUCGAAACGAUGUGCAACGUAUUUCACAAGCCUCAAGAUCGUCAGACAGCGCGGCUUUCGUUUGUGUUCCAUCGAGCCAAUGGGCGCAACCAUCAACUGGUGUGCUAGACACUCAACGGGGAUGUGCUACUAGCAAGGUGCUCGCCAAACGUAAAGAAGAGGGAAAUUUGGAUUCCACUCCCGAGGGUGUAGAAUUUGAUUCUGAUGUGGACUACGAGGACAUUUAUGACGCUAGUGACUAUGAAUCUGAUGACGUCGAGGGUGAAGACGGAUCCUCUUCUGAGUAUGAUUCUGAUGAAGAUACCGGUAAUAGUGCGUUUGAUUACAAUGCGCGUGGAGAGCUUAUGCUUCCAAACCUAACCCGGUUAUCGAGAACGCGAGUGUCGAAAAACCGGCACAAGCUAUUCCGCGGUCGCGUUCUCCACUUGGCUGAUUUGGUAUAUCCUUUAGUAGUCACUGACAAGGAAUCUUCAUCGUCUAUCAAGGAGGUACCUGGAUUGCGGCUAUUAUCGAUUCCUGACCUUGUAAAGGAGGUUGAAGAGGCACGUAACCUUGGAAUCACAGCUUUCAUGAUACACCCACACAUAGACAAGUCACUAAAGAGCGAGUUUGGUGACGAGGGUUUGAACCCUGAUGGACUUCUUCCAAGGGCUAUCGAUGCUGUAAAAGAGGCGUUCCCCGAUGUCCAGGUGUUUGCUGAUGCUACAGUGGCCCACUUUUCACUUGAUGGUCAUGAUGGUCUUGUGGAGCCGGAGACUGACGUCAUUUCCAAUGACGUCUCUGUUAGCCAAUUAGCCAAGCAGGUUACAACAUUGGCUUCCGCUGGUUGUGAUGUGGUGUCGCUCAACGACACCCUUGAUGGGUCGGUUGGUGUCGCCAGAGAUGCCUUGGACUUUGAAGGGUACACCGACGUAUCGCUAAUGAGUCGCGCUGGAAAGUUCAACUCAGUAUACAUGGCACAGCAUCAGGCUAUGUUGGGAACCACGCCAGCGCAAAACGUGCGUGUCGAGAGCUACCUCCACGACGUGGCUAUUCCCGAUGAACCUAUCCUCAAGGGAGUUCAAGACGUUGAUGACGGUGCGGAUAUGGUAGCCGUGGAGCCCGCGACUGCAUUCGUGGACGUCAUUAGGAGCCUCAAGGACCGGCUGAGGUCGCCAGUUGUCGCAGUGCACACCACCGGUGAAUAUCGUGCCUUAAAGGCAGCUGCAGCAGCCGGUGUAUAUGACGAAAAGGCCGCGGCAAUAGAGGCUUUACGUGGACUUCGGCGUGCUGGCGCGGAUCUCAUAGUCUCAAGCUUCGCGAAGGACGUGGCGCAGUGGCUACUAGAGGAUAUGCAGACCAAUGGGAUGGAAAAUGUAGCCCUGGGCGUCUGAAACUUU